CUAUGGCGACGCGCUGCCCCGCUGGCACUGUACUUCCGGGUCCGUCGCUUAUCGAAACCGUCACUUCCGGCUCUUCCACCGGAAGUAGGCUAUGCCGCACUCAAGAUGGCGCCCGGGCUCCCCCACCCUCCCCGACCUUCUUUUGCGCACCACCCCCGCGGCGCGCGCCUUGGCGCCUUUCCGGCCCGUGACGUCGCUUCCGGCGUUUCGAACGGUGAUGGCGGGAGGCGGCGGAGGGAGGAGGCGAUCGACGGGGGAGACCCCGGGGGCAGUGCGACGCAGCUCCGGGCGUUUGGUGGCUUCAGCCCCCCGGGGGGGCCCCCCCUGGCCGCCCCUCCCCCGGCGCAACCAGCGCAGCCCGGUGCCCCCCCCGCGGCUCCUCCUGACCCCCCCCAGACCCAAACGGGGGGAGGGGGAGGGGAGGCCCCAACGCUCCCCUCCCCCACCGGCUGAGAAACGACCUUUGACCUCGGUGUGGGGCUCGCGGCUGGGGGAGCUGGAGGCCUGGGCCGCCCGCAUGAACGCCCAGUUCGAGGAGGCCGAACGCUUCCGCCUCGUCGUGGAGUAGUGACCCCGGCGUGCGAGGGACACACGCGCGCCCCACCCCCCAACACCCCCUGCGAGAGGGACCCCGACGUGAGACGGCGCCUCGUGUCCUCGUGCAAGGCGACGCCCCCUCGUGCGACGCCCCCUCGUGCGACGCCCCCGUUCACUACCCCCGGCCGCACGCUUUAUUCAUUAAAUGACGUUAUUGCUGUA